ACUUUGCUCCCACUUCACCUUCAACACCCCUUUAUAUUCUUGCUUUAUAUACCACAACCCUUCUCUCAAACUCAUUUCUUGAGUCCCAAAAAAAGCCGAACAUGGAGACCAGAAGAUCGGCCGACCAACUCAUAGACAAUCCUGUCGUUGGUUCUAUGCAGAUUGCCGGGAGCAACGGAGUGGUUCAUAACAUUGAGUUUGUGUCCCAAGCUUACCUCAGAAACCGAUACUCCUCUGAGAUCGACAUCGAAGAAGAAGAUCACGCUUCCAACGCUCAUGAAGCCCGACCACUUCCCAUAUUUCUCAAGUUUGAAGAUGUGGAGUACAAGGUGAGAAACAGCCAAGCUGCCUCCACAAACCCCGCAAAAGCAAUGGUGUCGAAGGUCGCCGCACAAAUGAAGUCAGACCCAGACGGCUACAAGCAUAUCUUGAAGGGCAUAACGGGAAGCACUGGUCCUGGCGAGAUUCUUGCCCUCAUGGGUCCUUCUGGGAGCGGCAAAACGACUCUCUUGAAGAUAAUGGGAGGAAGACUAACAGAUAAUGUCAAGGGAAAGAUUACUUACAAUGACAUUCCUUACAGUCCCGCUGUUAAGAGAAGGAUUGGGUUCGUGACACAAGACGAUGUGCUGUUGCCACAACUUACCGUCGAAGAGACCUUGGCGUUUGCCGCGUUUUUGAGACUUCCAAGCAGUAUGAGUAGGCGACAGAAAUAUGCCAAAAUAGAAACGAUCGUUAAAGAGCUAGGCCUUGAAAGGUGCCGUCACACAAGAGUUGGAGGUGGUUUUGUGAAAGGAAUAUCAGGAGGAGAAAGGAAAAGAACAAGUAUAGCAUAUGAAAUUCUUGUAGAUCCUUCCUUGCUGUUCUUGGACGAGCCAACCUCAGGCCUUGAUUCCACUUCCGCAACUAAACUUCUUCAUAUUCUGCAAGGAGUAGCUAAGGCAGGAAGGACAGUCAUCACGACAAUUCACCAACCAUCAAGCAGGAUGUUUCACAUGUUCGACAAGCUACUACUGAUCUCAGAAGGAUACCCUGUUUUCUAUGGCAAAGCUAGGGAAACAAUGGAGUACUUCUCAUCUUUGAGAAUCGUACCUGAAAUAGCGAUGAACCCAGCAGAGUUCUUGCUAGACUUGGCCACCGGACAAGUGACGGACAUAAGUCUGCCUGAUGAACUAUUGGCUGCCAAAGCCUCCCACCCGGAUUCUGAGGAAGUGAUAGUCAAGCAGUACCUACAACUAAUGUACAAGACAGAUUUGGAGCCGAAAGAAAAGGAAGAAAACCACAGAAACAGGAUGGCCCCAGAACAUCUUCAGCGGGCCAUUCAAGUGAAGAAGGACUGGACACUUUCAUGGUGGGAUCAGUUCUUGAUCAUUUUCAGAAGAACAUUCCGAGAGCGGUGUAGAGAUUACUUUGAUAAGCUAAGAUUUGUUCAAGCCCUCGGCAUUGCUGUCUUGUUGGGUCUGCUAUGGUGGAAAUCGAAGACAGACACAGAGGCGCACCUUAGAGACCAAGUUGGCUUGAUGUUCUACAUAUGCAUAUUUUGGACAUCGUCAUCCAUCUUCGGAGCAGUAUAUGUGUUUCCCUUUGAGAAGAUCUACAUAGUGAAAGAAAGAAAAGCUGAUAUGUACAGACUAAGCGUAUACUACGUAUGCAGUACACUCUGUGAUAUGGUAGCACACGUUUUCUACCCAACAUUCUUCAUGAUCAUCGUCUACUUCAUGGCUGGGUUCAGGAGGACUGUCCCGUGCUUCCUUUUCACCUUGUUCACAAUACUAUUGAUAGCCAUCACAAGCCAAGGUGCAGGAGAGUUCCUUGGCGCUUCAGUUUUGAGCAUUAAGAGCGCAGGCAUGAUCGCCUCCUUGGUGCUAAUGUUGUUUCUUCUAACAGGAGGUUAUUAUGUUCAGCACAUACCAAAGUUCAUGCAGUGGUUGAAGUACUUGUCCUUCAUGCAUUAUGGCUUUAGACUGCUGCUGAAAGUUCAGUACUCGGGCGACCACCUUUAUGAAUGUGGGAGCAAAGAUGGCUGCAAGAAACUGCAAAGCUCAUCUUCCUUCGACACAGUCAACUUGAAUGGCGGUUUCCAAGAACUAUGGUUUCUGCUUGCCAUGGCUUUCGGCUACCGCCUCUGUGCUUACUUCUCCCUGCGGAAGAGAAUCAAUAUCUGCCAUCUCUGAUAAUAAGACGCAGCCUGAAAAAGAUAAGCAAGCUUAUACAGCAACUAUGGCAUUAGAUCCAUGAUCAAUCAAGCUCCCUCCAAUUUUGAA